AAUCGUCUCCUUCCUCGCUGACUCUGACCUGUUCCUCUAACUCUCUCUGCUUCUUUGUCAUUUUCUCUCUCAUCUCUGGAGCUGGAGGGUCAACCCCUCCCUCCUUCCCACCUAAACCCUCUUUUCUCCUUUCUCUCUCUCUCUCUUUCAUGCUAACUGCUUCUCCGCCGCCAUGUCCCAUCUCCGCCUCAUCCUCCUCGCCGUUCUCUCCCUCGUCUCCUCCACUCUCUCUCAGCCCUCUCCUCCCUCCGCGAUCCUAAUCGACUGCGGCGCCUCCGCCGCAACCGUAAUCACCGGCCGGAGAUGGCAACCGGACGGCGACUUCAUAUCCGCCGGAACCUCCAAAAACGUCUCCGACCAAGUCCUCGACCAAGUCCUAUCCACCGUCAGAUCCUUCCCUCUCACUCGCCGCCGCAAGUUCUGCUACGUCGUCGCCGUCUCCCGCGGCUGGAAGUACACGAUCAGGACGACGUACUUCUACGGAGGAGUCAACGGGAAAGCCAACCCCCCGCCGGUGUUCGACCAGAUCGUCGACGGGACGCUCUGGGGAGUCGUGAACACCACGGCGGACUACGCCGACGGGCUCGCCUCUUACUACGAAGGGGUGUUUCUUGCGCAGGGGAAGUCGUUGAGCGUCUGCGUGGCGUCCAACUCGUACACGGCUUCUGAUCCGUUCAUCUCGGCCUUGGAGGUUGUUAGGCUCGAUGGCACUGUUUACAACUCCACUGAGUUUGGAGGCUUUGGGCUUAGUCUUGUUGCUAGGCAUGCUUUUGGGUACAGUGGACCAAUCAUCAGGUUUCCAGAUGAUGAGUUUGAUAGGUUUUGGGAGCCCUACUCACUGAACUCGACAGUACCAAACAACAGGAAGCUAGAGGUUUCUGGUUUCUGGAACCUCCCGCCUUCGAGGAUAUUCAACACGGAUCUAAGAGCUACUCAGGUUCAGCCUCUGGAGUUCACGUGGCCUCCAAUGCCGUUGAAAAACUCUGUUUAUUAUAUCGCGCUGUACUUCGCUCAUGACUCUGAUUCGUUGGACGGUGGUGGAUCCAGAGUGUUUGAUGUUUCUGUGAACGGCGUAACGUAUUAUAAAGAGCUCUCUGUUGCUCCGGCUGGUGCGGUUAUAUUCGCGAGCAGGUGGCCUCUUGAAGGUCAAACGACGUUAAAGUUGAGUCCUAGAAGUGGCUCAACGCUUCCCCCUCUUAUCAAUGGUGGUGAGAUGUUUGAGUUGAUAGCUCGUGGAGGGAGAACUCUUGUUCGAGAUGCGACUGCUCUUAAUGCUAUUAAAAGAAGUUUCGAGAACGUACCGGUUGAUUGGAGUGGAGAUCCUUGUAUGCCUAAAAACUACUCGUGGACUGGAGUUACCUGCUCUGAAGGUCCCCGAAUACGCAUAGUAGCUUUGAACUUAACGAAUAUGGGACUUUCAGGUUCGCUAGCACCUGAAGUUGCAAGAUUAACAGCAUUGUCCUCCAUUUGGCUGGGAAACAAUUCUCUCUCGGGAAGUAUACCCGACUUCGGCUCACUCAAACUGCUGGAAUCAGUGCACUUGGAAGACAACCGUUUCAGUGGACCUUUUCCUUCAUUUUUCGGUGGAGUGCCACGCUUGCGAGAGCUGUUCUUGCAAAACAAUAACCUAACAGGCCAAGUUCCAAGCAAUCUUCUUCAGAAGCCAGGACUUGAGCUACGGAUUUCUGGUAAUCCCUUUCUGACUCAACCGCCACGUUGAUUCAGCCUUUUGAAGAAGAAGACGACAAUGAUUCGAGUUUGUGUUAGAGCUUGUGUGUAAAUUAGAAGGCCUCACGUGUACAACCUACGUAUCUUAAUGCUUCAUUCUUUUAACAACAUUGGGGGAGGAGGGGACAAGGGAAUACUGAUUGCAUAUGUUGUGUAAUGAAAAAAGAAUACAUCAUUGUUGUAUUAUGAAUGUGAUAAACCGGAGUUUUUGUGGUAACCGGUUCCAUUGAG